AGCCACUUGGCUCAAGGACUGCCACACCGCUUGCGCCGUGGAACCCAUCCGAGGGUGUUGGUCCUUGAGGGUCGAGCCUUCUCCUCCUCCUCCUCCUCCUCCUCCUCCUCAAACCUCUUCCUUGCUCACAGAGUGAUCUGCGCCCAGCGGCGAUGGCACAUAGCGAGGAUGCGCCGCUGGGGUCUCCAGAGUGUCCCACUCGAGAGCCAGAGCCUUUCGUGCUGCUGGCGCUGUUCGACGGCAUUCGCGGGUGCAGCGUAGCUUUGCAGUCGCUCGGAUUGCUUCCACAUGCGGACUACAGUUCCGAGGUCGACAGCAAUUGCCAGAGGCUUAUCGCCCAGCGGUUUCCGCAGUGUGUUCAACUGGGUGACAUCAGGAAGAUCGACGCCGUUGUUCUGGAGAGGCUGGUGGAUGAGCAUGGAACCGCGAAGCCUUGGCUUGUCGUCGGGGGUUCUCCGUGCCAGGACCUUUCGAAGAGGAAGAGGAGGACAGGGAGGAGCAUACUGAUAAUUGAGGUGGAGAACUGCAGUCGCAGCAGGACCUGUCAAGACGCCGCGGGGCGCUAGCCAAGGGGCUCGCUGGAAAGAAGUCCAAGCUGUUCUUCGAGUUUGUGCGGAUCUUGAACAAGCUCAUGCCCCCAAGGGACUCUUACACACCGACUCCCAGCACGGGGACCAGGGAGG